AUAUUUUUAUAAAUCUCUCUCAAAUUACCUCCAUGUAAUUCCACAGGUAUUUCUGGUGGUUUGAAAGGCUUCUCCACAGAAGUUUCUGUACUUAACAGCCAAGUGAACCACAAAUGAAUAUGAGCAAACACUGCAGGUUCACCUGUCAGUUGCCCCAAAGAUCUUCCAGUACAAACUGGAGAGACUUGUGCUUGUCUUACAGCCCUUUGUGAUAUAUGUGUUUGUUCAAUAUUAUUAAUUUUCACUGAUUUGUCUUGUAAAUCUUUAGAUAUUUCCCUGAUAUGUUUAGUAAGGAAUGACCAACAAUUAAGUAAAUGAAUCUUGUCCCUCAUUAGCAUCAAAAUGCAAUACUUUCUUUGAAACCCUCUAGCUAAAGAGUCUUGUAUAGUGAAUACAUGACUUAUAACGUGGCCCCUCUCAUUAUCACCAAAAUAUAUUGUGCCCCCAUCUGAGCUAGUUUCUUCGCAGCUCAAGCUUCUAACUGCUGCCUGCUUUAGGAGCAAAGCUAAAUCUUGCUGCAAUGGUGUUCUAGUUGUAACAUAGCAUGUUGUAUUAUCUUUGCUCACCAUAGCCUGUUUGAGAUCCAGGGAGUAACACGCUUCACAUACAGGCACAGUGAGAAUGUGAGGAAACUGUUGCGGCUCCUCUUUACAUCGUUGAGUACACAAAAUAAUACAGGGGCCGUGGGUUUCACAAAAAUGACCCAGAGCUAAGAUACCGUCCAUAAUUUGAUUGUGAUACUUAUGAAGUUGAUUUGGUUAAUUAAUAAUUGCGAAUUGAUUAAUUUCGGGAUACAACUUACCAGUAUUGAUGUAAGAGGAGAUGGAAUCAUGGAAACAUGAAAUAAGUAGGAAAAAAUAUAAAAUAAAUUGGUAAGAAAAUAAAACGUAAGACGUAAAGGUAAAUAUAAACAAAGUACAUAACCAAAUAAAUACACAUUCACAUUCUUCUUUUUUAUGUCAGUACCUAGGGAGGGGCUUAUCGAUAUAUACAUCCUCGACGAUGGUGAUUGUGAAUAUGGCGAUCAGACAUGCAAGAAGGAGCUUCGAUUUCUCUCCUCAGUCUCAAUCUGAAUAAAUCAGAAAUAUCGUAUCGAUAGUAAUAUCCUCACAUAUCGAUAUAAAAAAAGCAGUGGAGGUUUUGAAAGAAUAUCGUAUCGAAAGCUAUGAGUAUCAAGAUUCAACAAUUGACAGAUGACAGAUGUCUUGCCUCCCGCUGAUAACAGUUCAAAGUUUAACCUCAAUAUUAUAUUUAAUUUUGUUAUUUAUCAAAUUUCCUCUAUUUGGAAUUAUUAUUCAAAUUACCUUUUAAUAAUCCAAUCCAUCCAUAAUGCCUUCCGAUUCUGAUAACAGAUCCAAGGCUACCAAAAGACCUUACAAAAGUGAGGAUGAUGAAGAUGUAAAAAAACGCAAACGUACAGAAAAAAAUGAUACAGGUACUGGGAAAAAUUCUGAAGCCAGCACCAGUGGUACAAAGAAACUAUCGAAUAAAGAACGCAACAAAACCCCAGCGUUCAGUAGACUACAGCAGUUGAAAGAGAAAAUCAAAAAAGAUGUCCUUAAGAUUGGAAAUAAAGAAUCCUUAGAAACGACGCAGUCUUCAGGAGGUACAAAAAGGCCCAGGGCCAGGGCGACAAAACGAGAAGGUCCAAAACAGGAUUCAAAUUCUCCAAGGUACCCAGCCAAAGAUUCAACAAGUAUUUCUAAAAAUGUUGGAAACGAGGUUGAAAAUAUCCCUAAAAAGAUACACAGUGGCAAUAGGAUUAGUAACAAAGUAAUAAUAAUAAAUUCUAGCUCUGAAUCUGAAGGGAACUCGCCUAAGAAAAUGUGCCGUCUAGAGAAUAUUUCUGGAAAACGUGUACCCUCUCAUGUACCUGAUUUGAAAAGGAAAUCUAAAACUCCAGAAGCCCCCCCUGACCAAAAGAAAAAUAAAGACAACACUGCUAGUCAGAGUCCCAUGAACCAAAGAAUGCUCAAAAUAAGAAAGACAUUAAGUUCUAGUGUUAGCAGCUUAAAAACAAAGAUAGUGAAUGUAUCUGACAAAAUACAGGCUGGAGAAAUGAAUAGCUUAGUUAAUAUUUCUCCUAAUAAAAGUUUUAAAAUACCUCUAAAAAAAAAUCUACCUCACACAGAAACAUUUGAUUCACCCAAGGACACAGCAACUAGAGGUGAUUCUGAAGUAAAAACAAAACAUCUCAAUGAAACUCCCAAAGAAACUAUUUCCCCAACAUAUCAAACUAAUAUUUUUGCUACAAAUAACAAUGAUAAAGCCUCACCAAAUAAAAUGCAACCGAAGACUCCAACUUUUAACACUAAUAUUUUUGCCUCCAAUAAAAUAGAGUCUCCACCUGUAAAGAAUAUUUCUCCCCUUAACACUAAUAUUUUUGCCUCCAACAAUAUAAAAAAUGUGAUGGAAUCUCCAGCUCUGAAACCUACUUCUACCUUUACAACUAAUAUUUUUGCCUCCAACAAUAUAAAAGAUGUGAUAGAGACUCCAAAUCUGAAACCUACUUUGACUGAUAUUUUCGCCUCCAAUAAAAUAAACGAAAUUAAAUCGCCAGAAUUCAAUUUUGAAAGUAAACGAUCUUCAUCUCCAAAAGAACACGUGCAAAGCAAAAAUGCAAACAUUUUUGCCAGAGAGUCUCUUGGUGAUUUUAAUGAAACAAACAGUGAUGUUGAUUGCUCCUUAGAGAUUAUAGAGGAGAUUACAUCUCCUUGUGCCUUUAAAACUCCAAUUUCAACCAAGACUGUGGGUAAUAAAUCAAAUUCAAUAGGAGACAGAAUGAAAAAAAUCCGUGGUCAACUACAAAAUGCAGAAGCUAAUAAAUCAGUUGAUAACGAUUUUGGAUUCGUCAGUCAAAUGUCCUUUGAAGAAUUGUAUAAAAACUCACAGCCUAGCUGCUCUAGAACUACAGUGGUUCAAAAUUGGAUGGAGAGCAUACAACCAACUCCUAAUCUUAGUGACCAAUCUGCAAGUGAUUCUAUGUUGGUGAAUUUUGAUAAUACCCUCCUUGAAAAAAGUGAACUUUUGGCAGUUUCACGAGAAGAUAAUUCUAUGGAAUGGGACUCUAUUCCUGACGUACCACCAAGCAGAUUCCCCACUGAUUCUUCUUCUAUCGAAGAAAAUCAUAAGGACAAAUCCAUUUGCGUUGUAGCAGAUACCAAUAUAUUUAUGCACGAUUUAGAGCGUUUGGAUACAAUUUUGAAUUUGAAACUUCCAGGAGACAAGAAAUUGAUCAUUUAUGUGCCUUGGAUGGUUUUAGGCGAACUGGACAAUUUGAAAGAGGCACGUUCGAAUAUUUUUAAAACGUUUGCUACCCAAAAAGCGCUUAAAGGUCAAAGGUUUAUUAAUAAACAUUUGGCUCAAUCGAAUUCAAAGAUAAUUUGCCAGUCUGUUAAUGAAGUAUGCCAACAAUUAGAUUUAGGAAAAAGCCCAGAUGAUAAAAUUUUGGCUUGUUGCUUACAAGUUCAAAAUAAAUAUGAAACUGUGAUAUUGCUAACUGGUGAUAUAAAUUUACGUAAUAAAGCUUUGGCCAAUCAGGUGAAAAGUUACCCCCCUUCUGAGAUUGUGGAAAGAUUGGAAAACAGCAAGUUUUUCAAAAUAAAAGUAUUAUGUCAAGAAGUUUUAUCGGAUGUAAUUAGCAGGUGUUGUUGGAAUGUUUAUGGCGAAGCAAUUCAUAGAAUGAACGCCUUACAAGUAGGACGUUGGGGCUUUGAGGACUGCAUUGCCAGGUUGAAGCAAUAUUGGCAACCAGUAUUUUCACAGUUGUUGUUGAAACAUUGCUUGAAAACUAUAGAGGAACUUGCAAAACUUUCCAGAAAAGGUUCAGAGAUUGAAACCAAUCCCAAAGAGUUUAUGAACUUUGUUAAUAAAGUCAAAGAACUGCUUUUUUAUCUGCAAGAUAUUGACUAUUUUAACUCAGUGGUUAAGCAAUUACGGGACAAUAUUGACGAGAUUGUAAAAGCUCCAAAGGAGUUUUAGAAUUAGACUGACUUUGAUUAAUUUUCGUUUUUUAUUGAUUUUGAAUUAUUGUUGAAUUCAGUUGUUUAUUUGUCUUUUUAUAAUCCAACAUAAUUGAUUUAUUUCUGUUUUUUAUUGAUUCUGGAAUUAGGCCAAAUUUAGUUUCAUA